AAUUGUUUAAUGGUUGAGAACUAAUGGGAAUAAGCGGGAAAUAAUGGUAUAUUGGGAAUCCAAAGUUGAAAACAAUAAUAACUGAUAAAAACUAAAAGUGUGAUUUAAUGCUCAAGUGUCAUAGAGUAUUUAAAUAUUUAGUAUUAAGCUUUAAAACAUGGGAUUUUUGAAAUUUGUCCAAGUGAUCCUAAUAUUUCUAACAAGUGGAGGUUAUUUAUCCUUUAGUGUCGGCGAAAACUAUGAUUUUUUGCCGCCAAAAAUGCCUACAAUAGGCAUAUCAAUGCUGGUCCGCAAUAAAGCUCAUACCCUGCCGUAUUUCCUGUCUUCUCUCUGGGAACAGUCUUAUCCGAAAGACCGAAUGUAUUUAAGAUUCUACUGCGACCACACCUCGGAUAAUAGCCUUGAAAUACUAGAAACCUGGUUGGAGGAAUUUGGUUCUCUGUAUCACGCCACAUACAUAGUAGCAGAUGAAAGCAGUCCAGUUUUGUAUGAAGAUGAAACUACCACAGUGCUAUGGAGUGCUAAAAGAUUUGAGCACGUGAUCUCACUGAGGGAGGACGCUCUUGAAUUUGCGAGAAACCAUUGGGCUGAUUAUCUGUUUAUGCUGGAUGCAGAUGUGUUCCUGACGGAGCAGGAUACAUUGCGGAUUUUGGUUGAACAGCGGUUAGCAGUUGUCGCGCCGAUGCUGCAGUCUGAAGGAACAUACUCUAACUUCUGGUGCGCGAUUCACGAGGAAUUCUACUACAGUCGUUGUGAGGAUUACUAUUCAAUACUAGACAGGGAUGAAGGGUUCGUGGACUGCCACGCUGUGCCCAUGGUGCAUACUGCGGUGCUUAUAUCGAUGCAGUUCGAGGCCAGCGACAGACUGACAUACGUGCCUGAUAAAGCGCAGGGGUACUCCGGCCCCGAGGAUGAUACUGUUGUGUUCGCUCACAACGCCGCUUCCAUGGGCAUUCCUCUACACGUAUGCAAUACACACGUAUUUGGUUACGUACCCAAGCCUCCACUCAGUUCCAGUAAAGUCAACAGCGAUGCGCUAGAAAGAGACAGCCUACUCAACAUUAAACUUCUGGCCAUUGGACGGGGCACCCCUCUCCCUCUAAUGCCAGAGCUACAAAAAUAUGUGACCUACCCUCAGAAAGAUACCCUGGAUUGUAGUAAGAUCUUCAUGAUUAACUUGGAGAGAAGAGUUGAAAGGAGAAAAUUGAUGGAGCUGAGUUUCCAGGAGUUGGGAAUGGAGGUGGAAACCGUCAAAGCUGUCAAUGGGAGAACCUUGAAUCCUGAGGAUCUUCGAGAACUGAACGUGAGGCUGAUGCCCGAAUAUGAAGAUCCCUAUCAUAAACGGCCAAUAAAAGCUGGUGAGAUAGGAUGCUUCCUGAGCCACUACAAUGUUUGGAAUAAGAUAGUAGAGAAUGGCUACGAGUUGUCUAUGAUCUUGGAAGAUGAUGUCCGCUUCGUGCCAUACUUCAGGCUGCGCUUCAGCGGACUGCUGAGGGAGGUCAGCGGACACGACUACGAUCUGCUAUACCUGGGCAGGAAGAUUCUCCUAGACAGCGCUGAGCGACCAGUGACAGCACACACGACUAAACCGCUGUACUCUUACUGGACCCUCGGCUACUUGCUGACGCUGAGGGGGGCUCGGAAGCUUCUGGAAGCAAACCCUUUGCAGAACGUGCUGCCCGUGGACGAAUACCUGCCCAUCAUGUUUGACCAGCACCCCAAUGAAACAUGGAAGUCGCACUUUCCUCGUCGCAACUUGCGAGCAUUAUCUGCCUCGCCGCUGCUGGUGCACCCUACGCACUACACGGGCAUGCCGGGCUAUCUCUCCGACACGGAGGACUCGCCCGUAGUGCGCACGGACCUCGACGCAACGCGCAGUGAUCUGUGACCUGACAUGACCUGCGGGCCUAUUGCGUAGCUCAGUGGACAUGUCAUUCAAAUUCAAAUUCAAAAUAUUUUUAUUCAAUUAGACUUUUACAAGUAAUUUAAUUUGAAUCGUCAAAAGUAUCUACCACUGGUUCGGAAUGCCUUUACAAACAUGAAGUUUCACAAUACGCGCGAACACACAAUGUAGAUUCCACCAAUCAUAUUAUUUCAAAUAGACGUGUCACUUUAUUAUUCAGUAAUCUGAUUGGUGGAAACUAUGCACUCUGUCACUCUCGCUCUGUCAGACCUCAUAGUGAUUGUGGAAAUUGUACAACUAAAUUUUGUCUAUUGCUGCACCCUACUACGCAGGUAUGUCUAAC